UUCACUCUGGGGUCGUGCACAGCCAUGUGUGCUCUUUACACUGCGACAAUAAAUAAAUAUGAGUCUUUCAUUCAAUGAUACAUUUUCGUAUUGACAGUUCAGUUGCGCUUGUAGACGGCCCCUUCUUUACGCAGCUCCUCCGGGUGACCAAUGAGCGCAGAGAAAGUUUCGUUUCCGGGAGUGUUUGGUGAUGUGGCUAUGCUCUGAGAAAAUCAGCCGAGGAAAUAAACCCAAUAAACGCAGAACCAUUUAAGUGGGCAGCACUUGAACAGUGCCAGCUCAAUGUUGAGCCGUCUGGCAAAUGUUCUCCAGGACCUCUCUGGAGAGGAGAGCCCUGAUGGAGACUCACAAGGAGUACUUGAUCCGAGACUUCCUGUGGGUGAUCAUCAGAUCUCUGAAUCUGAGGUACCGGAGGAGGCCAUGGAGAGACUGGCCCACUUGGAGCAGCUUGUUGUACAGCUGAAGGAGCUAAUCCGGGAUAAGGACUCUCAACUGCUGCAAAAGGACACGGAGCUGGCCAAUAAAGAUGCACAGAUUAAGAGUGAAAGUGAAGCAGCUGAGGCUCGCUUCACUAAACUUAAAUUGCAAGCCAAAGUGAAGAUGGCAUCUCUCACUAAACAAAUAAAUGAACUAAAGGGACAUGAAGGCGCAGCAACUCCUGACAGUUCAUUUACAGGAGCUUGUGGGGCUUCAGAGGAGGAACUGCAGGAGCUGAGGACUAAACUGAGUCAAGAGGAGGAUGAAAACAAGAAUCUCAGAGACAAACUACAGGCCAUAGAGCAACUUCUACAAGACAAGGAAUCAGCUCAUGGUGAACAGACAGUGCCACUAAUGUUUUUUUUCCAGGUUCAGAUAUUGCAGGCUGUUGUUUGUGAAAAAGAUGUACGUUUUCAAGAACAGAUCCAAAAACAUGAAGAGGAGCUGCUAAGAGUCACAUCAGAGUCUCACAGUAAUGAAGAGCUUCAAGAGGCUCUUCACGCAGCCCAGCGAAAGUGUGAGGAGCUGGAGGAGACUGUGAUCUCUCGGUCUCAGGUGCUGGAAAUGCUGCAGCAGGAACUCAACAGUGCAGAUCAGCAAAAACAGAUCUUAACUAUUCAAUUCCGUCAGAUGGAGCAGGAGCUUGCAGAGUCGGUCAGAUUGAGAGAGGAGGAGAGGCAGCAGUUGACACAAGCACAAGCAGAAAUCUCCUCUCUGAGAAACAGCCUAGAAACCUGGGAGGCAGAGAAAGCUGAAAUGGCCAGGCUCCAGAGUGAGCUGGUGGCAAUGAAGGAGGUAGAGCUUGUUAGUCAAGAAGCUCUACAAAAGGAAAAGACACAGGUUGAAAGACUUGAGCAGGAACUGGCUCAACUGAGAGAGUCCGAGGAGGUGCUGGAGAGAAGCAGGGCAGAAAUGGAACGUGUGGAAAGAGAGCUGGAGUCAGUUAGGGAGGCAGAGGCAGAAAGAAUGUUUGCUUUAGAGCGAGAGAAGUCAGAGGUGGACAAACUCAACCAUGAAUUGACUACACUCAGAGCAGAGCGUGAACAGUUACAAGAGCAGAGUACAGCUCUGAAUGAAGUUUGGAGGCAUUUACGGUCUUUGGAUACAGGAGGCUGUACAGCUCCAGAUGAAGGCCCUGUUUGCAUUGACCCUACUGUGUUAAUAGAGACUGUACAGUCCAUUGAAGCUCAGCUCUUCAAGUUAAAACAGGAACACAGUGAUAGUGAGAAACGUUGUCUGGAGUUUACCUACAACAUUGAUAUCCUUCAAGAACAAUUGGACAGACACACUAAAGACAAUGAGGAAGCAUCCUCCAAAAUACAGCAUCUGGAGCAACAAAUUAAAGAGAUAUCUGAAUCAGGUCGUGAUCCUGAAUCCUCAGAUGCAGAUACUUCUAGAGAACGCAUCUCUGCUCUGGAAAGACUGCUAAUGGAAAAGGAUGAUGAACUGUCUGCUUUUAAAGCUUCUCUAGCCCAGAAACAUGAAUCUGCUGAAGUUACAGAAGUUGAAAUUCCAAAGCAGUCUGAUGAAAGCACUACAUCUGCUCUUCAAGACCUGUUGGAGGAAACCCAAGAUGAGGAGACUACUUUAGUGGCUGAGGACACCUCUGUUCUGUCUAUGUCCGCUGACAAUGAGAGUAGUCCAGAGCUGAUUGGGACCCAGUCGGAGUCCCCCGAGGAGUCCAAAGCCUCUUCAGAUGAGAUGGUGGCAAGCAGCGACUCGGAGGUGGCCCACAGCAGCUGGACACUUCUGGAAGCUGUGAACCAGGAGGGGGGACCGGAAUGGCCAUCUGUGUUACAGGACUUCAGUCAGCUGCAGUCGUCAUGGGAAACCACAAGCAUGGAGCAGGAGUCAUCCACAGUUCAAGUUGAGUCAUCUUCAGUGAUUAUCCAUGAAACUGUGGAGGUUCAUCUGACCCAGGACACUUCAUCUUCAGAGCAAAAUGUUUCUUCUGGCCAGGUCUUUGCUCAGGUCUUGGCUGAAGAGCUACAGAAAAGAUACAGUGAGUUGCUGGCAGAACUGCAGAGGCUCAGGCAGGAAACUGGUGAAGCUCAGAAGAAAAUCUGUGCUUUGAAAGAGGAGACCUAUGCACUCACUGUUGCUAAAGAAGCUGCAGAAUCUCAGGCAUCCCAUUUUGAACAAAAGCUUAACACUGUCAGAGAAGAGCUGGAUAAUGUUCUGCAAAAUGGUUCUAUAAAAGAAAAACAACAAAUUGAAAUGCAACUUUUAGAAGAGCAAAUAGACAUUUUAAAUAAUCGUUGUACAGAGAAGGAGGAAAGCAUCCAGGCUCUGAAAAUAGAACUAAAAUCUGCACUGGAUUUGUUGACGGAGCAGCAGAGCCAGGCACGGAUGCUCAGUGUCCAGUUGGAGGACAGAGAGCACUUCUCCUCUGAGCUCGAAGAGAAACUGAGGGAUUUGGGGUCCUCACAGAGCGACAUCAACAAUGAAUCACUUUUAAAGAAAGACUCUGAAAUCAGUGAGUUGCAUCUACGCUUGAGUGAGAAAGAGCAGGAGAUUAUAGCACUCAAUGAUAGUAUGUCUGCUAAACUCAUUCAAGCACAAGAAGAGACAUCACUGGUUCACAGUGAAAUGAAUAAGUUGAAAGAGGAGAUGCAGGAGCUUAGAAAUAUAGUGGAUGAUAAAGAAACUAGUCAUGGCUCAACAUUGCCAGAUGAAGAUACUUUGUUAACUUUACAAAAGGAAAAAGAAGAGCUGAAAACUCAACUUACCAACACAAAGAAGAAAUUACAGAUGGCUCUUGUGCAGCGCAAAGAACUCAUGAAAAAAGUGGCAAACCUAGAAGAAAACAAGGUUACUGACCAGGAUGUUAUGGAAGAAAAGCAAAUGGACAAGCGUGGAAAUAAAGAGUUUGAAAAAAUGGAGGUUAAGCUUUCUGAACUUGAAAAAACUUUGAAAGAAAAAGAGGAGGUUGUUGAGAGUUUGGAGCAGAAGAUACGCCAACAGGACCAGGUUCUUGCAGAGGCACUUGCUCUAAACAGAAAAUUAAGCAAGGAAGAUGAAAGUUCCCAGCAAAUGGAUAAUCUGAAUAUGAUGACGUUACAAUCGCAAGUGGUCUCCCUUGAAGGGGAGUGUGACUCACUUCAGAAGAAAGUGCAGGAAGCCCAAGAGUCUCGCAAAGACACGCUCCGUAAAGCAAAAGAGAAAGACAGGCACCACCGUGAACAACUAAAGCAACUGAAGGAGGAGUACUCUGAGCUUAUGGGGCGUUUUGAAAAGCAGAGUGAUGAAAAGGAAGUUCUUCAGCAAAAGCUGAGAGAAUUGGAAAUGCACAAGAAGCAAGAAAUUCAGUCUUAUCAAGAGUCACAACUGGAGGUUAAAACCUCCGAAAAAUCUGCAGCUAAUGACUGGGGACAGGAGGACUGGGUUGACUUUGCAGCCCCUGAGCCAGAUACAGCCCAACAGCAACCGUCUAGUAGUGAGAGUAGGCCAGAGCAAGGUCAAGGCUUCUCUGUACAAGUGGAUGAGUCAUUGGAUGCACUCAGAGAGGAAAUAUAUGCUUUACAAAAAGCUAACACAGAACUAGAAAAUAAAUUGGCAGAUACACACGCUAUUUUGUCACUCAAGGACACAAAAUUAUUGGCAGUAACAAGAGAUCUGCAGCUACUAAAAGAAAAAGAAAUACAAAUAGAUAUUGUUUCUGAAGAGAUGAAUGUUCUUAGAGAAAAAUAUCAACAAGCUCAGUCUUAUGCAGAAAGUCUUAAGGCUGAGAUGGACGCUGCUGUUAAAACUGCCUCUGUGGAGUCUGCCUCCUCCAUUGCAGCUCUUCAGGCUGAAAUUGCCGAUUUCAGACUAUUUCUUGACAAUAAAAACCAAGAGAUAAUGGAGCUCAGUCAACAACUUCAAGAGCAAAACACUUUGAUACGCUCCAUGGAGACUGCUGUGUCACAUAAGGAUGAACUAAUAGUCUCUUUACAGGAAGAACUGAAGGCAGAGCAAGAAAAAACACAGAGGUUAGAAGUGGAGGUCCCUCAAAAGCAGGAAGAAGAAAAGGACAGUGAGACAAAGAUACAACAACUGCAAAGAAAACUACAAGCAGCUCUGAUCAGCCGUAAAGAGGUUCUAAAAGAAAACAAGACGAUAAAGGAGCAACUAGCCUCCACUGAGCAGGUACUUACUGAGCUGAAGGAAAAAAUGAGUGCAACAGAAGAAGAGCUGGAGAAGCUCCAAAGUGAACGAGACAAAUUGAUCAGCGAGGUGGACCGUUUACUCCUAGAAAACCAAAGUCUUGGCUCUUCCUGUGAGAGCCUUAAACUGGUAAUGGAUGGCAUUAUAAGUGAAAAAGACAAUUAUCAAAGAGAGGCUGAGCUCGCCAAAGAGGAGGCAGCCCACACCUGCAGAGAGUGGGAAGAAAAGGUACAAAACAUGAAGGAGGAGUAUGAGACGCUCCUCAAGUCCUAUGAAAAUGUGAGUGAUGAAGCAGAGCGUGUGAGAAGAGUCCUGGAAGCAGCCAAACAGGAGAGACAGGAGCUAGCGUCUAAAGUAAGGGCCCAUGAAGCAUUGCGACUAGAGGCUGAAAGACAAGCAGAGGAGGCAAAAAAAGAGGUGGACACAGUGAAAGACAAAAUGAGAAAGUUUGCUAAAACAAAGCAACAGAAAAUAAUGGAAUUGGAAGAGGAGAAUGAACGGCUGAGAGAACAGCAAGAAAAAGCCAUGAAUGUGUCACCUGAUGAUAGAGGCCUUAAAGCUGAGUUUGAAAAAGCGUGUGAGGAUCUGAGGGCUUUACAAACUGAAUUAGAGGAAACCAAAAAUGAGAGAGACAUUUUAAGUCAGCACAUUGAUGAGUUAAGGGAAGAAAUUGCACAAAGGGAAUUUAAAGAAAGUGAAACUACAGCCCAGAGCACUGCUGCUGUUCAAGAGGAGAUUGUAACUGCACAAACAUCAGAUAUGACUAUGACUAAAUAUGAGCCAUCUGAGGGCCAAGAACAUGAAGAAACAACUUUAGAACCGUCUAACAAAGUUGCUAUAGGUGUAGGUGCCCCAACAGAAAAAAAAUAUGAACUUGAACAAAUGGAACACAAAAUUAAGGAUAUGGAAGCUGCUUUUGCUACUGAAAGAGUUCAGUGGCAGAAACUGGAAGCUGAAUUAAGGGGGCAAUUAGCUACUCUCGAACAAGAUGUUGAAGAGCUCAAAACAAAAGAAAUCACUUCAGAGCAGUCACUUCAUCAGAGCACAGAGAGGGAAAAGAGGCUGGCAGAGGAAGGAGUCAGUAGAGAGACACAUUUCAAAGAGCUCCUUAAAAAUCUGGAAUCUGAGAAGGAUAACCUGGAGGAGCGCUUGAUGAAUCAACUGGCUCAACUCAAUGGCAGCAUUGCCAGCUACCAACAGGAGGCUUCAGACCAGCGGCAGCACCUGGCAGAGCUGCAGUGUGAAGUGGAGACACUGGAGCGAGAGAGGGCUGAACUGGAGGCUCAGUACCACAGUGAGCAGGCACGCGCCUUGAGGCUGGAGGAGGACAUGAGGCAGGCCCAGAGGCAGCGGGCAGAGGCCGAGGCACAGUGUGGGAAACAGAGGGAGCUCGAGCAGCAGCUGCGCUCUGCGGAACGAGUCAAAGAGGGAAGUCAAAGCCGAUCGCGACAGCUCGAAGAGCUGCUUCGAGAGAAACAGCUGGAGGUUCGCCAGCUGCAGAAAGACUCUAUUCAGUACCAAGAGAGGAUCAGUGAACUGGGUCGAGAGGCUAAGGCACUGCAGAUCGGUCAUGAUGAGCUCCUAAAGAAACAGCAACAUGCUCAACUUGAGAUUUCUAAAACUGUGGAGGAUUUGAAAAGGACUGAAGCAGAGUUGUGCGAUUGUAAGUCUCAGUUAAAUUAUGCCCAGGAACAACUGAAGGACGCUUUGGCUGAUAAAGCAGCUGUGGAGCAAAAGGCCCAGCAGAAGGAGACAUUGCUGAAAACUGAAGCUGAGCAGACAUUGGACUCUGUGCGGUUCAGGCUGGGAGCUGAGCUGAAAGAGAUAGAGCUGAGACUAGAGGAGUCCUUCAGAGAAAGGGAGAGAGAGGAAGAUGCUACUGCAGAGGCCAGAGACCAGGCAGAGGCAGCAGAAAGACGGGCACAAGAGUUGAAAACUCAAUUGGAUGAGUCACUGGCCAGGUUGGCUGCCUUCUCUCGCUGCAUGUCUUCAUUGCAGGAUGAUCGGGACCGUAUUUUAGAUGAGGCCCGUCAGUGGGAAAACCGCUUCAAUGGCGCUCUCCAGGGUAAAGAGGCUGAAGUUCGGGAGGCGGAAACACGUGUAAAGGCAUUAGCAGAACAGCUGCAAAAGGAAAUUGCACUGAAAGAAGGACUCCAAAUCUCUAUUGACAGUUUGGAAAAUGCCGACAAAGAAUGGCAGCAGAAAUUUGAGGAAUUUAACAACAAAUUCAAAGCCAAUAAAGAGUCUCUUGAAAAGGAGAGGAGCCAGCUGGAGCAGACCACCACUGCUCUGCAGGCUGCACAAAGUGAAACCCUUAGUCUUCAAAAGGAAGUGGAGAGUUUGCAUCAGAGGACAAAAGCUCUGGAGGAGGCAGUGGGCCAUUUACAGGCUGAAGCUGAUCAAGCCCGAACUGAGCUAAGAGAAAGAGAAACUGAAGAAAGGCGUCUAUGUCUGAAUGUGGAACAACUAGAGGCAGAUCUGCGCUCCUCCAAGGCCCUGACUGAAAACUUGCAGAUGGAGUUAAAUGAGAAGGAACGAAAAGAGGUUGAGAUGUUAGGCGAGACAGAGCAAGCGGUCACUCAGGCUGCAGAGGAGGCCAGAAAGGAGGCUGAAGGUAGAGCACAAGAAGCUGAGAAGGAGCUGGAGCAGAGAAGAGUUGAACUGCAGGAGCUUGAAGACAAACUGCGAAAAGCAGAAACCGAAAGUAAUCAGAGUAAAACAAGGCUAGAUUCAUUUACCAAGGCUAUGGGCUCUCUGCAGGAUGACAGAGACAGAGUCCUUAAUAUGUAUAAGCAGCUGGAAGAGAAACAUCUUCAGGUGAUGAUGGAAAAGGAUGGUCUGAUCCAGGAGGCUGCUGGUGAAAACAACAGCCUGAAAGAAGAGCUGCGCUCUCUGCUGGUACAGAGGGAUGACCUGUACGCGGAAAAAGCCAAGCUGGCUGCACAGCUUCAUGGAUACAGAGAAGAGCUCAACCAAGUCCUAAGCAUGAAAGAGUCUCAACACAAACAGCUUUUAGCAGCCCAACGCCAGCGCAUAGCUACUCUCGAGAAGCAGCAUAAAGAAAUGGAGAACCAGCUGAGGAGCCUGAAUAUGGCCAGGGACACCGAGGGGCACAGUAGACUAGAGGAGGAGACUCUUAGUCAGGUAGCUGAGACCAGUACACCUUCACAAGUGGUGGUUGCUCCAGGAGCAGAGGUGGAGAAGCUUAGGGAGCAACUACAAGCUGCAAGAAAACAGGUUAAAGAUCUGGAGGACACUCUGUUAACAGAGAGGGAAGCACAGGAGACCAAGAGCAAAGAACUUGAAGAGCUAAAAUGGGAGGGAGGUGUGAUGCGCACAGAGUCUGAGAGUGCACAGGAAAGAGUUGCAGAGCUGGCACGGGACCUGCUGGCUGUUGAACAGAAGCUGCUGGAGGAGAAAGAAGUGACCACACAGCUCAGAGCAGAGAAGCAAUCCUUUGCUAAAACCAUGGCCUCGCUUCAAGACAGCAGGGACCAAGCUCUAAACAAGGUACAGGAACUGAGUCUGAAAGUGGAAGAGCUCAGCAGAGCAGGUAGCCACAUGGCACAAAGUGGAUUAACAAGCUCCACUGGGGAAGUCUGGGGUCUGAAAAAUGCUCUGCAGGCCCUGCAGAAUGACAGGGAAAGACUGCUGGAGCAGCUUGAAUCAAAAUCCUCAGAGCUCAAAAAGCAAAAGUCUGAGCUGUCCCGGCUGGGUGCAGGAGAGCUGAUCAAAGUCAGUCAGGAACUUUUUGAGGAGAAGGAGAGGAACAAAAACUUGCUGGGAGUCAUUGCAGAGCUGGAAAACGCUGUUAAAGUGGGCAAGCAGGAAAUCGAUGCACUACAUAUGGAACGGGUGGAUAUGAUGGCUCAAGCCGAGCAGCUAAAGCAGCAGACUCUUGUUACACUCUCAGAAAGAGACCAACAACUACGCCAUCUCAGUACUAUGCUGGAGGAAGUUCACCAUAAGAAACCACAACUCCAAGAAGAACACUAUCAAAGACAGGGAGCAGAAGAUGGUGCUCCAGGGGCUCCACAACAGAAAUCCUCUGUUCUGGAGACACAUGCAUAUCUGGAGGAGGUCAAGGAGCUGCAUCAGAGAUUAGAUCAAGAGACUCGUCAAAGGAUAGCUGCUGAGGAGCAGUUACAGGCCACGCAAGAUCGACUGAGUCGUCACAGUCAGGCUCAGUGGAACUUGGCAUUAGAAGAUGAACUCUCAGAAACUGCAGUCUUCAUUGAACCACCAGAAGGAGCUGUCACUAGAACGCGGAGAGUUGGUCCAGGCCUGCUGCGGAUGUUAAGAGUGGCAUUCUGCUCUCGUCAGCGCACCCCUCUUCUGCUCAGUCUCUACCUGCUCACAGUGCACGUCCUGCUGUUACUCUGCCUCGGUGGAUACCUCUAAGCCUUUUCACUGAUAGGACAGUUGGACCACAGGGAUCAUGUCAAAACAUAAGCCAUUUUAUGUUUUUGUUCCACACAAAUGUUGCACUUUGAAGUCUAAUUUUACUUGUAGCCAAAGUUUACACUGUAGAUAUUUGGUAUGAAUUUGAUUUGUCGUAUGAUUUUUAACUUAAUUUCUCUUAACAGCUGUGACACUUUUUAAGGUAAGCUGGGGUCAGAAAGAGACUAAGUUGUGCAUUUUCCUUCAACUUGAAAGGAAUGUGUAGAUAUUGAGAGAAGUAUUGUGGCUAUAGGCGUGUUCCUGUGCCUUUUAAACUUUAACACUUGAUGGUCACUUUAUGUUAAUGGAUUUAGGCUUUGGGACAUGUUUUUCUUGUCUGGUCUCUUUCUCUUCUGCUCAUUUUAUGCACAAAAAUGGAGCACAGUGCAAUUAUAUUAUUUUUAGAUUACUUUAACCUUUACAAUUAAAGCGGCAUUUUACCAGGGAACACUGCUCAUAUAAUGUUAAAUGAGUUACUGAGUAUUUUCAGCAUUCUUUCAGUUUUACUGGACCAAUUUUGUAAGGACUACACUGAUGUAGUUUGUUUAGAUGCGAGGGACAGAAGUUGUGCUUAUUAAUGAUUGUUCCCACAUUCACAUACUGAAAUACAUUUAUACUGUACAUUGCAACUAUUAAAGGGCUGUGUAAAACCAGACAUAACAUGUUGGACCAGACAUAAUAGUGCUUAUAUGUUUUUUCAAAUUAACUUUUACAGCAAUGGGUUUGUUGUACCAUAAAUUUAUUCUGUAAUGGCAGGGCAUUCUUGUCUAUUAACUACCUUGUAAACAUCCGAAAGAUGAAUUAAAUAAUCCAUAAACA